CUAUAACUGAAAUCGGCAAUUACUUAGUUGCCAACCCAAUAGUUCCGAAAAUAUUUUCAACACGCCAGGAACGGUAUAAUUCCGUGCUUUUUAUAUUCCGCUUUGUUUACCCGGGGGGAAUCUCGGUCAACGGUGCGCGUCCUCGAAAAGUCAGGUGUAAAUCACGAUGCGACGCGGUGGAGUGCUUGCGAACCGAUAACGUUGAGAAUCGCGGCGAUAACGUGGAUGUUCGCUGAGAAACGAGAAAGAGAGAGAGAGAGAGAGAAUUACAGCGAGUCCUUUCUCCGCCUCCGUCCGCGUCUCGUGGAACGAUCCCCGUUCGAUUAUGAAAUCAUUACACCGUACGGACGAUCGGUAUCGUGCAGCCGUUGCCUGGGACACGAUACCGCGAGCUGGUGCUCGAUCGAAGAUCCACGGCGAGGUCGUAAAUUGAGACGCAGUCAGGUCCUGUGGCUGGUGCUCCUCAUCGCGUACUGUUGCGACGGCGAAAAGCUGUCUCCGGAUCAGAAGGCGCCUCCGUUCGCGCGUGGUUCAGGCGGACUGAUCCUGAACACCCCGUUGGAGGACAACAAGGCCAGACACCGACCGAUACAGAGCGGUCCCAGCGGCUCGACCGCGGGAGAUCAGGUGCAGAGGGAGGAGACGGAGAUGUUGAAGGAAGUGGACGGCGAGUUGGUGCGAGUCGUUAAGGGUAGCUUCUCAUACAAAAGUCCCGAGGGUCUGCCAAUCUCCGUGAAGUACGAGGCCGACGAAAAUGGGAACAGAGCGAGCUUCAAGUUCGGCACCGGCGAAGCGGGAGGCUCGGUUACGCCCGGCAAAUCUUCGGGACCAAGAAAAGGAGGUGGCGACCGACAAAACGGUCAAGGAACCAAGGGAGGGAACGGAUCGAAGGAUAACGCUUACCUUCCACCCAACAAAGACGUAGACAGAAGCUACCUGCCUCCGAAAUAGAACCGCGCAACCGGUGUAAAAGACACGGUAACCCGUACUAUAGCAAUUUGUUAAUGGUCCAAGGAUUCUUCUUCAGAAACGUCAAGUUGUUCGCUCGGUAGAAUUGUACAAAGCCUGUAAACAUUUAGCUGAUUAAAUUAAUCAAUGAUACGACACACAUGACUAUAUUCUACACAGUACGAAAUAAAGUAUAUUUUUUCACACAUGAUAAUGCUCACAUAGCGAUGUAAACCGUCAAGAUCUUGGAGUCCAGCUAGCACUACCUAACUCGUUGUAUUUACAGUUCGUAUCUUUUCUAAAUAACACUUAGAAAAAUAUAAGAAUAGUGACCAUGUGGAGAUUUUGAUAUUCCGCAUUGUAAAAAAGAGUUUAUUGAUUAUUGAAAUCAAAUUUUUAUAUAACACGUUUGUCACUUAGAAUAUUGGUCGAUUGUCCAUUGGUGUUCAUCUUUCGGAACCACGGUAUGUGGAAUAACCGAACGGGCUUAACAGCAACGGUAUGUGAUAGUGUCCGGCGGGAUCCUUCACAUCGAACACGAUUUCGAUGAACGGGUACAUAGUCUCUAUUCUUCUUAGCGUAAAGUACUUGUCCACGUCGAAGUGGAUCUUGUAUCGCCCGGCAGUAAAGCUGGCUCUUAUACUAUCCACUAAGUCUACGCAACGACCAUUCGGAGAAGUAUUACUGAAAAGGCACAACCAUUGUAACAACAAAACUACUUAUCUCUAAUAUUUCAUUUAUGAAUCUCU